ACCCCCCAGCACCCCUCCGCCCCGCGCCGGGCCGCCACUGCCUCCCCAACAGGCAGCCUCAUCCCGCCCCCCUGGAUGCUCUCUCCCGCCUCCCGCCGCUAGCCGCCACGUCCGUUAACGCGCGUCCCCGCCACCCGCUCUCUCCCGCGCGGUUGCGCAGAGACGGCGCCCCCCCUUCGGCCUCGGUUUCUACGGGGUCGGUGGCCGCGCUGCGGGGGCGAAGGCGGCCCGGUCCAAGCUGAGGCGGUUCGUGGGAUCUAUGGCGGCGGCGGCGCCGGCGCCGGCGCCGCUGCUGCGGUGCCGCGGCUCGGCGCCGCCGUGGCUCUCGUCGUCGUCGUCGCCCUUCUUCCUCCGCCGCCGCCCCCGCCGCUCCUCCCCGCCGCCGGCGCUGUCCGGAUGCAGGAGGCAAGACUAUUCUCAUAGCUCAGAUAUGGGAGUUCGAGAAAGCAGUGCUUUCAAGCUUGGAUUCUAUGCCAACUUAAACGUGCCAAAUAUUGCACAAGAGUGGCUUGUCGAGAGCAGGAGGCUGUUUUAUCUCAGAACCAUCAACAGUGUCACAAAUAACAUCUAUAAGGGUACCACUCCUCGACGGGCUGGAAACCUACAAAGUGAACUCUCAGAAGAUUGCAGGGGUUUAAACUACCCUUCCUUACACAAUAUAAGAGAACAUGUAUCACCCAAGUCAAUUGUAAAUAGACAUGAAAACACUGAACUGGUCAGGCAUAGUAUGAUAAAUCAGUCUGUGCAAUCAGUGUUCCCAGUAAGUAUUGUUAAUAAUAGUGUCAAACAAAGCAUGCCUAGAGGCCCAAAUGUGGGGAUUCCUUUGCAUGACAUCUCUAAUACAGAGGUUAUUUUGGAGCUGGAUGAUAAGGUUCACGAUGGCAAAGACAAGGUCAAGAAACUUGUAGUUAAAAAAAGGGUUUCAUCUUUGCCAACUAAAGCAUCCUUCUCCAAGGAAUCUAUGGAAGCACGGAAGGAAGUUGCUGCCAUCUAUGACAAAGUUUUGGUAGUUGACAGUAUGGAGUCAGCUAGGACCAUUGUUCAACUGCUUACUACAAAGUAUAAGAACUUUAUUCAUGCAUGUGACACGGAGGAAGCAAAUAUUGACGUCAAAGAUGAGACACCAGUUGGUCAUGGACAAGUAACAUGCUUUAGCAUUUGCUCAGCAAAUUCUAAUGCACAGGUCGCUGAUUUUGGAAACGGAAAAACUUGCAUUUGGGUUGAUGUUUUGGAUGGUGGGAGGGAUGUCCUGAUGGAGUUUGCUCCUUUCUUUGAAGAUCCAUCCAUCAAGAAGGUUUGGCAUAACUAUAGCUUUGAUAGCCAUGUCAUUGAGAACCAUGGAAUUAAAGUUGCUGGGUUUCAUGCUGAUACAAUGCAUCUUGCACGCCUUUGGGAUUCAUCAAGGAGAACUGAUGGUGGAUAUUCUCUUGAAGGACUUACAAAUGACUGUAGAGUCAUGGAUGCUGCUCCAAAGGAUUUACCUAAUGCUGGAAAGACAUCAAUGAAAACCAUCUUUGGCAAGAAAAAUGUUAAAAAGGAUGGAUCUGAAGGGAAAGUCAUAUCUGUUGACCCAGUCGAAAAGUUACAAAGGGAAGACAGGGAGUUGUGGAUUUGCUAUUCUUCACUUGAUUCAAUGAGCACCUUGAGGCUUUAUGAGAGCUUCAAAAGAAAGCUUGAAACAAAGGAAUGGAUCUUUGAUGGUUGCCCCAGGGGCACAAUGUAUGAUUUCUAUGAAGAGUAUUGGCGUCCCUUCGGUGCCCUUCUUGUGAAGAUGGAAACAGAGGGAAUGCUUGUUGAUCGUGGUUACCUUUCAGAGAUAGAAAAGGCUGCUAUUGCUGAACGAGAAGUAGCUGCAAAUAAGUUUCGGAAAUGGGCAUCUAAAUACUGUCCUGAUGCCAAGUACAUGAAUGUGAAUAGCGAUACUCAAAUUCGCCAACUUCUCUUUGGUGGCAUUGAAAAUAGACAUAAAUCCGGUGCAACUUGGCAUCACAGCAAAACUUUUAAAGUGCCAAAUGAAGAAAGUGUAGAUACAGAGGGAAAGAAGACUUCAAAGUAUCGUACAAUCAAACUUUGCAGUAUCGUUGAAGAUCUGAAAAUUGAUAUGUUCACCCCUAGUGGCUGGCCAUCAGUCAGCGCGGAUGCAUUGAGAAGUUUGGCUGGUAAAAUACCCACGGAACAUAUUUACACAAUAGAUGGUAUUGAAGGGGGUGAAGAAGAUACUAGUGGUUCAGAACAUUCUGAGCAGGAAGUAGAUGAAAGUUCGUCAUAUGGAACAGCAUAUGAAGCGUUUGGAGGAGGAAAGAAGGGAAAAGAAGCAUGCAAUGCAAUUGCAGCUUUAUGUGAAAUAUGUUCUAUCGAUUCAUUGAUAUCCAAUUUCAUUCUUCCCUUGCAGGGAGAUCAUAUAUCUUGUGCAGAGGGGCGCAUUCACUGUUCAUUAAAUAUCAAUACUGAGACAGGACGCUUGUCAGCACGAACGCCAAAUCUACAGAAUCAACCUGCACUUGAAAAGGAUAGGUAUAAGAUUCGCCAAGCCUUCGUUGCAGCUCCAGGAAAUUCUCUCAUUGUUGCUGAUUAUGGUCAGCUGGAGCUGAGGAUCUUAGCCCACCUUGCUAAUUGUAAAAGCAUGCUGGAUGCUUUCAAGGCUGGUGGUGACUUCCACUCUAGGACUGCCAUGAAUAUGUACCAGCAUAUCCGUGAUGCUGUUGAUGAAAAUAAAGUUCUUCUUGAGUGGCACCCUCAACCUGGUCAAGAGAAACCUCCAGUGCCUCUAUUGAAGGAUGCUUUUGGUGCUGAGAGGAGGAAAGCUAAAAUGCUUAAUUUCUCAAUUGCAUAUGGAAAGACAGCUGUUGGGCUAUCUCGAGAUUGGAAGGUUUCUGUUAAGGAGGCAAGGGAUACACUCAAGCUAUGGUAUGGAGAUAGAAAAGAAGUGUUAGCUUGGCAAAAGAGGCAAAAGAAGCUUGCACACGAGAAAUGCGAAGUUUACACUUUGCUUGGGCGAUCACGUCGUUUUCCUAACUUGACUCAAUUUGGUCCUGGUCAACGAGGUCAUAUUGAGCGUGCUGCUAUAAAUGCACCAGUGCAGGGAAGUGCAGCAGAUGUUGCUAUGUGUGCCAUGCUUGAGAUCGAAAGGAAUACCCGUCUUAAGGAGCUUGGUUGGAGGCUCCUAUUGCAGGUGCAUGACGAAGUGAUACUGGAAGGGCCUUCAGAUUCUGCUGAGACGGCCAAGGCCAUAGUGGUGGAGUGUAUGUCCAAACCUUUCUACGGAAUCAACAUCCUGAAUGUCGACCUGGCUGUCGAUGCCAAGUGCGCAAAGAGCUGGUAUGCUGCCAAAUAGACUCUGAACACAUCCUGUCAUCCUAAAAAUGUCCAGAUGCACGUUUGCCCGCCACACGGGUGAUGACAAGGGUGCGAUCAAGACCUCUCCCAUCAGAUUAAAAUUAAAAAUGGUGGACUUGAAUCAUCAUGGAGACUGCGUCUCCAGGACUGUCAAGUAUGAAGCGGUAAGCCCAACCACGACAGUAUCACACGUCCAUUUCUUGGUUGCAGCAGAACGGUGAAAGACCAAAGACUCGCUGGCAGCCUGGUGUUGUGAAUGUACACUAGUAGUUUAGUAGCACGUAGAAUUCUUGUAGUGUGGGUUCUCAGUAGGGUCAGAUCAGAGUUUGAGGUGGCUUGAUCAUAAGUAGCAGUGCCAAAGCAUGCUGUUUUGUUCAUAAGAUUACUUGUUCAGCGUGCUGGUGCGUUAUGUUCCAGUGAGGCCGACUAUCGUCGUUGUAGGCUUUUGAGGCUGGUGAUGCUGAUGCCGGGCUUAUGUUGGUCGAGGGAUAACACAGUUCAGCUUUUAGCACGAGCUAUGCAUUGUCUCCCUUUCUCUUGAGCUAAUUUAUUUUGUAUUCAGCACUUUUUGUGCUA